AUGGCUACUACCCUUGCCCGUUCGUUCUCGUCCGAGAACAGUCGCCUCGCGGUCCUCGUUCCGAACAAGCCCAACCCCUUGUCCAUCUCUUACCAGCAGCUUCACUCGCACGUCGCCAGUUUUCAAGCUAAACUAGCGAAGCUGGGAGUUUCUCAUGGAGCUGCGGUGUCUAUAGCUCUAGUGAACUCGUAUGAGUUCAUCGUCUCGUUCCUGGCGGCCUCAUGGCAACGGGCCAUUGCCGCGCCUCUCAACCCGGCUUACAAACAGGAGGAAUUCGAAUUCUACAUUGACGAUCUUAAAUCGACCCUGGUGCUGAUUCCGCGAGGCGCAUAUGAGCAAUAUGGCCCGGCCGUGCAAGCGGGUCGCAAGUAUCAGGCUGCGAUUGCGGAAUGCUACUGGGAUGGAACAGAGGUGGUUUUGGAUGUGAAGGAAGAAGGCAAGCUGGCUGGAACUCUAGGUCAUCAGGUGGAAGAUGCGCAGCCCGAUGAUAUUGCUCUGGUGUUGCAUACGAGUGGAACAACUGGCAGGCCCAAGGCUGUUCCUUUGACACACAAGAAUUUGACGACGACAAUGAAGAACAUCAAGGCUACGUACGAAUUGACACCCGAAGAUCGCACAUACUUAGUGAUGCCUCUUUUUCAUGUCCAUGGGCUUCUGGCUGCGUUCCUGGCUCCCCUCUACGCCGGAGGAUCUGUCAUUGUGCCUCAGAAAUUCUCUGCUUCGGAGUUCUGGGCAGACUUUGUCAACUACCAGGCCAACUGGUACACCGCAGUGCCGACAAUCCAUCAAAUCCUACUCAAAACCCCAUUGCCCAACCCUAUCCCGAACAUCCGCUUUAUUCGCUCGUGCUCCUCGCCCCUGUCGCCUAAGACUCUCCAAGACCUGGAGAAGACAUUCAACGCUCCUGUUCUCGAAGCAUACGCGAUGACUGAGGCCGCCCAUCAGAUGACCAGCAACCCGCUCCCACCUGGAAGGCGACAACCCGGUAGUGUUGGAAUUGGAAUGGGUGUCGAGGUCCGGAUCCUGGAUGGUGCCGGCAAGGAGGUUCCUCAGGGUACUCCAGGAGAGAUUUGCGUCUGCGGUGAGAACGUGACCAAGGGUUACCUGAAUAAUCCAUCAGCCAACGAAUCAUCCUUCACCAAGGACGGAUUCUUCCGCACUGGUGAUCAGGGUAUCAAGGACUCAGCUGGAUACGUGAUCAUUACCGGCCGUAUCAAGGAACUCAUCAACAAGGGUGGAGAGAAGAUCAGUCCUAUCGAGAUUGACAACACGCUUCUCCAUCACCCCAAGGUGGCAGAGGCUGUCAGCUUCGCCAUUCCCGAUGAGGGUCACUACGGUGAGGAUAUCGGUGCGGCAGUGGUUCUGAAGAGCGAGGGCGUGACCGACCAAGACUUGAAGUCGUGGGUGGGCGAUAAGCUGGCCAAGUUCAAGGUGCCAAGACAGAUCUGGAUCGUGUCACAAAUCCCCAAGACGGCCACUGGAAAGAUCCAGCGACGUAAGGUGGCCGAAGCAAUGCUCAAGCCAAAGGCGAAGCUAUAA